AUGACUAGCUAUGGGGGGGAGGUGGUGGGGAGCAGGGGGGCUCAGACACAGGGCAGCCACAGACACAUGGAGGGUGGGGGGAACAUCCGCUGCACCAAGGAAGGGCCGCUGGGGGAGGCCACCCCCACCUCCACCCCCACCACCACCCUCACCCGCAUCCGGGGCGGUUCCACUGCCUUCAGCUCCACCCCAGCCAUCCCCACCACCCCCACACCACACCACCACCCAGACUUCUUCUGCCCACCUCCACCUGCCCCUCUAACCAACCCCUCGCCGCACGAGAGGGGAGGGGGAGGGGGGCGAGACCCCAAAGGGGAGGACCACCUGGGGGACAAGUCCAGUGGGCAACCCUUCCAGAUGGGCACCCCACCCGACUGCCAGGGGUUGGUGGGUGGGGGCGGCAGUGCCAAGGACAAGGCCAUGGAGAAGAGUAACUGGCACAGGAAACAGCAGCAGCAGCUGUACAGAAAGGCUGAGAAGACCCCGGACUGGAUGCAGCAGCAGAGUCACCACCCCCAACAACCCCAUCCCCAGCAGCCCCUUCCCCAGCAGCCCCAGCCCCAACAGCUCCAACAGCCCCAACAGCCCCAUCCCCAACAACCCCUUCCCCAGCAGCCCCAGCCCCAACAGCCCCAGCCCCAACAAACCCAGCCCCAACAGCCCCAGACCCAACAACCCCAGACCCAACAACCCCUUCCCCAGCAGCCCCAGACCCAGCAGCACCAAGCCGUGCGUUCUCGCAGCGUCGAAUGCAUCAAUAGCGUGGGAGUGGACACCACCGAUGUGUUCCGGCCCUCUCUUCCCCAGGGAGCCAAGGCCGGACACUCCCUCCCCCACUCAGUCAACACUUCCCCCUACAGAGACUGCUCCCUCCCGGGCCCCCUGCCCAACGCCUCACCCCUGGGGGGUCGAGGAGGUGCAGGCGGUGGUGCUGGAGGUGGGAGUUGUUCCUUACAGAGAGAUGGUCAGAAGGUGGCCCGUAUUCGCCACCAGCAGCACGGUGGGCCUGGCCCGGACGCCCCAGCAGCAGAGCUGAACCAGAACAAUAAACAGAACCAGGACCUGAACAGGAAGCUGGAGAUGUCCCCGUACGGCUACAGCAACAGUGGGCAGGGACAGCAGCAUCACGCCCAGCAGCCUCCGGUUCCUCCCUGGGCCAUGAGGCCUCACCACGUCCACCCUGCAGAGGAGGAGCAGCAGCGGAAGGCCUACAUGGAGUCUCUCAGUGGUGGCAGACAACAGCCCCAGCAACAACCAGGGCAAGGUAUGGGCCUCCCUCCUCAUCCUUCUCCCCAGCCCCAGCCACCUCCACCCCCAGCCCCCUCUCAGCAGCAGCAAGACCCCCAGGUCGCCUCACAAGCCCAGGAGGAGAGCAGUGCCAUGAAGAGCCUGCUGAAGUACAGCACCCAGCAGCCCCUGCUCCUCUCCCAGAAGAGUCCCUUCGGAGGCCUGGGGAGCCUCAAAUCUGCUGGUCUUGGGGGUCCUGGAGGUGGAGCCCCCCGGGUUAGCUGCACCCUGCAAGGCAGCAAACAACAACAGGCCCUGCCCACCAGGAAGGGCCCGGCCAAUGACGGCGAGCGCUCUGACUGUGGGGGGCGUGGCCGGGAGGUGGGCGAGGCGGUGGGUCACGGUGAGGGAGAGGUGCGCCAACCGCCUGUGGGCAUCGCAGUCGCCGUGGCGAGGCAGAGGGAACCGUCCUGUCGCCCGGUGGACGCCCACCCCAACAGCCGCAGGGGCGGGUGCACCCCUCCAAAAGCUCAAACUCAGUUAAUAGGCCAGACAGACAAGUGGCUGACCGCAGGACCUCCUCGCUCCAUGUAUCCCUCAGACCCUGCAGGAGAGGAGGAGAGGAAGAGGAUGAGUGGAGAGCGGAUGGGUCUGACCUGCCUGGACCGAGACAGAGAGGCCUACAUCAGGGAUAAUAAGGAUCCAGUGGACUUCACAAGGAUCCAUCCGUCCAACAGCUGUCACGGUGACAUCACCUCUCACCUCAUGGUGCCGGGUGGGACUUCCCUACAAUCUGGCCAAUUAGGAGACCCCUCUGCACAUGCACACGCCCACUCGGCCCACCACCAUUGGCUGCCGAGCACUGGAAGUCCCUCCAUCUGGAUGACAAGCCACUCCUACGGAAUCGGCCACUCAGCCCUUCACCAGAACCUCGCCCCAGGUUUUUCUGCAGCCAUGCCAGGGUCUCUACAGCCUGUGCUGCCUCUGCCUCAGGACCCGUCUACCCAGCUGGUGGUGCUACCCACAGAGCCUGCUGCCCACCCUGUCACACAUCACCUGGAUGUGAUGGAGCAGCCUGGGCUGUGGCCCCCAGUGUACGGAGCCCGAGGGCCCUCCUCCCACAUACACCCACAACACCCCGCUGUGUACUCCCGCUCGCAGUUUCUACGGCAACAGGAGCUGUACGCUCUCCAGCAGCAUCAACAACAUCAUCAUCUGCAGCAGCAGCAUCAACACCAACAGCAACAGAGUCACCAGUCACACCCCCAGUCACAACCCCAGCCCCAGCCACAGCCCCAGCCACAGCCACAGCCCCAGCAGCACCACAGGGCAGCACAGACCAUGGAGCUUCAACACAGACCCAACCACGCCCAGGUGCAGAAGAGACCAGAGUCAGUGGAGCUGGAGGAGCUGCUCUCUGAGCCACCAGGUUCUAAACCUUCCAAACCCUACUCCUCCUACCACAGAAACACCCCCACCCCGGGGGCCUGCACUGCUCACCUGUCCCCCUGCUGCCAGUCCCAGUCCCCCACCCUGCGCCCCCACCCUAAGAGCACCCCAUCCACCCCCUGCCCCGCCCCUAGCCCGGCAGCCGCCGCCCCUCGGUCUCCGGAAAUCAGUCCCGCCCCCCCACAGCUGCCAAAAGGGGCGGAGACCCAGGACAAGAGAGGAGAGGAACAGCCCCUGCAGGAUUACCCACAAUCCCUGGAGCCUGACUUGCCUCCUGGAUACACCUUCCCUGCCAUCGCCAUGGGUUACAGGAGCUGCACAUCGCCCCACGAUGUCCGAUUGGCCGAGCCAGCUGACCUGGAGGCGGUUCAGGCGGAGCCUGCUGAGAAUGCUCCCCAGCCUCUCUCCAGCCUAGGGGCGGAGCUAGAGUGUCAGGCCAUGGUGAGGCCCCUCCCACACCAGGAAGUGGAGGAGGAAGAGGAGGGGCAAAAGGAAGAGGAGGUGCAGAGAGAGGAGGUGGAAGCCAGAGUAGCAGCAGGCAGCUGUGGACCUCCAGAUCAGGAGCAUAGGGAGGAGCAGGAGGAGGAGGUGUCAGUGUGUCCUCCUGCGGAGAGCCGUGUGUGUGACACCGCCUCCUGUCCCAUCCCUAUCCCCCUCUCUGAGGAGGAGAACCACAGAGAUGACCCCACCUCCACCCUGGAGGAGCAGGAGGAGGAAAAGUGCAAGGUGGAGAGAGGACAGCAGCAGGAGGUGGCAGGAGAACAGGAGGAGCAGGACUCCACCAUCAUCGACCUGGACCCUCCCUGCCCUGCCCAGCCCCACCAGGAGGCACAUAAGGAGGAGGAAGAGGAGGGAGGAGAGGAGGAGAGUACUCCUAAUGAUGACAACCACUCAGUAGAGUUGGUGUGCCUCUCCCCCUCCUCUCCCUCUCUGUGCCCCAGCCAGUCUAUCAUCACCCUCUCCACCCCCCUGAAACCCAUUGUGCCUAGUUACUGGAGCCUAGAGCUGCUGAUCGCUGCAGCCUUCUGUGCCGACGUCCCUCCGUUUCCCAUGCUGGCCUCCAGCACCCUCCAGCCCCAGGCCGGUGACACCCAUCCCUGCCCCAGCCACCCCCACCACGGCAUGGAGCUGCUCAGCGAGCUGGCCGACCUAGAGCUCCAACAGCACCGACACAACACAGGAGACAGCCAAGGAGAGGAGAUGUUGAUCUUUGACCUCCAGAGUCUUGCCACCCUGGCAGCAGCCCGUGCCUUGGAGCUGGGUGCCCAGGAGGGUAGCGGGGAGGAUGCCGGGCGGCACUACCCGGCCCGCAAGACCCUCAACCUGCGCAGGAAAUACAGCUGGACACCUCGCCACGAACCGGCAUGCCCGGCCAAGGGCACCAUGGAGAGGAUGGAGGGUCCGGAGCUGGCCAUGCGGGUGAAGCUGGCAGAGCUCCAGAGGCGCUACAAAGAGAAACAGAGGGAGUUAGCCAAGCUACAGAGGAAGCAUGACCACCAGAAGGAGGAAACACCUCGCAGCCCUGCUCGUAGAGGACCGGGGCGGCCCAGGAAACGUAAAUCAACCCCCGCCGCUGGCCCAGGCUCCUCCUCUGAGACCCAGAGGAAAGUCAAGUCGUUAGGGGCGGGACUUGGCCUGUCGCCCGAGGACCUGCUGGGAGGAGGGGGUGGGGACGCCCAGAGGAAGAAGAAGAAGCUGUCCAAUCGGGGCUUUGAGCGGCUCGGUGCGGCAGAGAUAAAAGUGCAUGGCAGUAGCAGAAAGAGUGUCCUUCACGGUGUCCUCAGCUCUAAGCUGGCCCGUGACGUGGCCCAUCAGCAGCUCAGAGAGCACAAGGCCCAGGGCGGGAAGAGGACUGGGAUGGGGGCGGGACCACGGGAUAAGGAGGAGGCGGCCUCUGCAGCUAGUUCUGCCCCAAAGCACCAUGGACAUCGAGGCCAGGCCACCUCCAAGGCCGAGUCCAGACGAGUCAUCAACGAGUCUGGCGGUCAGAGUGACACAGCAGCCAGUGCAGACAGCGGCGGCCAGGAGGGCUGGACGGGGACCCCGCUGAUGAUGCGUGGGGGCAGGAGGAAAGGGAUGGGGGGAGCUCUUGGGGUCCAGGGGUCCGCACGGCUGCAGCAGCCCAGGGCCAGGGUCCUCCGAGCCAGGAGUCAGGAAGCCAUGGAGGGGGGAGAGACCUCCCCUACAGAGAGUGAAUCCUCCAACCAGGAAGACGAAGAAGAGGAAGGAAGUUAUGACAGUGACGAAGGACAAGACAUCAAAGCACAACCCUCCCGAGACGUCUCUUCAUGCUCCACUGUGACUGGUCCAUCCCCCUCGUCUAUCGUCAAGCUGGAGGCCAAUCAGAAAGCCCGGAACAAAAAAGAGAGGCAGGAGCUUUACGGUUCCCAGAGUUUGUCCGGGGCAGAGGGAGAGGUGAAGGUGAGGAAGAGGGCCCCCUGUAGGCUUGGCAUGGUCACUGCAGCCAAGAAGCACCCAGAGUAUCAGGACCAGUCAGAGGGGAUGAGGAGGGCCGGCGGACCCAGGUCCCAGGAGCCUCGCCGGGAGAGCCUAGGGACCCGGGGCAGCGUCUACCGGAGGACCAUGGGGCCGGUCACCUUCCCCACCACCAGUGAGAGGCUGAAGAGGGCCACACGCAAGAGCACCAUGCUGAGGGGACCCAUUAACAAGAGGAGAAGUUGCUGGUCAGGCGGUGUCCAAUCACCUCAGAGUGACGACAACACUUGCAGUGGGAGGAGGAUCCGAAACAAACAGCCCAAGGGCCGUGCAGUGAGCCGUCUACUAGAGAGCAUGGCGGCGGACGAGGGCUUUCAGAUGGAUGAGGAUGAUAGCAGCUUCUCAGAGGGGGAUGAGGACAGUAACCCAUCAUACCCUCACAACCCCAGGAGUCCACUAGCAGCCCCCAGCUGUGUCCUGACCAGACAGCUGCUGACAGAUGGACUCAGGGUGCUGAUCUCCAAGGAGGAUGAACUUCUCUACGCAGCCCGGGUCCACACACUGGAGCUGCCAGACAUCUACAGCAUUGUUAUUGACGGGGAGAGAGGAAACCGCCCCAGAAUCUACUCACUGGAGCAACUGCUGCAGGAAGCGGUCCUGGAUGUGCGUCCAGAGACAGAGUCGGUGCUCUCUGAGGGGACGAGGGUGUGUGCCUACUGGAGCGAACGCUCUCGCUGCCUAUACCCAGGCAACAUACGCCAAGGUGGUUCAGGGGAGGAGGGGAAGCAGGGAGGUGUAAUGGUGGAGUUUGAUGACGGAGACAGGGGGAGGAUCUCCCUCCUAAACAUCCGCCUCCUCCCCCCGGGCUACCAGAUCCACUGUGCGGAGUCGUCCCCUGCCCACCUGGUGUCUAGCGGCCGGGCGGCUCGGAGGAGCUUCAGUCUGGAAAAAGCUCCCCUGAGUGAGAGAGUCUCGGAGAGACAGGCCAGCACAGAGCCUGUCAGGAGACGACCAGGGAGACCCAAAGGUUCAGGGAAGAAGAAGAACCUGUCAGACAGCACCAAUAAGAACGCAGCCCCUCUGCUCAGCUGGCCGGCUGUGGCUGUCCCCAGGAAGAGGGCCUGUGAAAAUCUGUUCCAGCUCAACGGGACUCCCAGGAAGGCCCUGAGGGGGACGAGGGAGGCACACCUGUUCCCCCUGCCCCCGGCCCCUGUCUCUACACCGACCAAGGGCCUGUUCAGCAGCAGCUCCUUCGAGGUUGACUCCUUCAGCAGCAUCGCUAACGGCUACUCCUCCUUCUGUAGCACCCAGCCCACCGGCAUGUCCCUGGGUUCCAGGACCGGGCCCUAUGUCCAGAGACGGAGGCCCGGCGAGGUGCCGCGGAGCAGCAGGAAGAGCAGUCAGGAGUUCCUGGUCAAACUGGAUCACGAGGGGGUGACCUCACCCAAGACGAAGAACAGCAAGGCCCUGCUGCUGCUGGGCGGUGGCUCUGGGUUCGGGGCCAAAGGCGUGGGCGGCCUCCCCAGGCCUGAGGCCUACUCCCACCCAGUCCUGCUGGUUAAGGACAACAGGAAGGGAGUUUCUGCCUCGAGGGCUGAGCUCCUCCUUAAGGGUGCCCCUUCUCCACAGAGGAAGGCUUCUCCCUCCCUGGCUAUGGGGGAGUACGGUGUCGGCGAGCUUGGUCUCAGCUGCCAUCGGGACUGCCACAGCUCCUACUCGGACCUGGACAACGAAGAGGAGGAGGAAGAGGAGGAGAGGAGGAGGAGAAGGGGGGCUGCGCUGGCCACAGCAGCCUCUGGAGGACUGAGGACGGCAGGAAGCUUUCUCUCGCGUCUCUCCGUCUCAUCCUCUUCCUCUGGUUCCUCAAGUUCGUCCAGCUCAGGCUCCAUGUCCAGUUCCAGCCUGUGCUCCUCGGAUAACGACUCGUCCUACAGCUCGGAGGAUGAGGAGAGCUCCACGCUGCUGCUACAGAGCUGCCUGUCCUCCCACCAUGGCCUGCUGCAGUCCCCUGAGCCCCCGGCUGUAGCCGGACCCCACCAGGGCCAACAGUCCUUCGUGGCCAAGGCCGUGGCCGUAUCCAACACCAAGGGAGGAGGAGCCACCAACGACCACAGUGCCAACAACAAGCUUCUCAAAAGGAAGGAGUGUAGCAGCUCGUCCCCCUCCAAACCCCCCAGAGACCUGGUGAAGAGGCAAAGGGUUAUCCCCGGUGAUGCAGGACCAAGACCCAAGAUGAACACGUUCCUACCGGGAAGACAGAUGUGGAGGUGGUCGGGGAACCCCACUCAGAGGCGGGGGCUGAAGGGGAAGUCCAGGAAGCUGUUCUACAAGGCCAUCGUACGGGGAAGGGACACGGUGCGAGUGGGCGACUGUGCCAUGUUCCUCUCUGCCGGCCGGCCCCACCUACCCUACGUGGGCCGCAUCGAGAACUUCUGGGAAUCCUGGAGCUCCAACAUGGUGGUGAAGGUCAAGUGGUUCUACCACCCAGAGGAGACCAAGUUGGGCCAGAGGCACCGCGACAGCAAGCACGCUCUGUAUCAGUCGUGCCACGAGGACGAGAAUGACGUCCAGACAAUCUCCCACAAGUGCCAGGUGGUGAGCCGCGAGGAGUAUGAGCACAUGGCCCGCGGCCAGAAACCCAGCAGCAGCGUGACCACCCAAGGCCUGUACUAUCUGGCUGGCACCUAUGACCCCACCAGCGGUCAACUGCUCACUGCUGAGGGGGUGGCCAUCGUCUGCUGAGCUGAGGACAUCUUGUCCUAAGGAUACUACUGAACCACCCAUCUGAUGGGAAAUGAAGGUGAAGGUCCCCGCAGCUUUGCCUGAAGGACCCCUGGUCUGACUCAGUCCGUAGGAGGAUUCCCAGAUGGGUCAGUCCUGGAGGAAGUGAAGGUCAAGGUGCCUGUGGCUUUGCCUCAAGGACCCCUGGCCUGACUCAGUCCGUAGGAGGGUUCCCAGAUGGGUCAGUCCUGGAGGAAGUGAAGGUCAAGGUGCCUGUGGCUUUGCCUGAAGGACCCAUGGCCUGACUCAGUCCGUAGGAGGGUUCCCAGAUGGGUCAGUCCUGGAGGAAGUGAAGGACCCCUGGCCUUAGUCAGUGCUGACUAGUGGUGGACGUCAGGGCCAAGGCAGGGCUGUCCCCUGUCUACACUGGAUAUCUCAACACACACGGCUGCUAGACUGGGGUGUAGUUAGAAGAAGGGGAGGGGGUAGCCAUUCACAGCAGUGAACCCCAUUCUGCUCCCAUCCUCACUGGGUAACUGAAGACAAGGAUCUGGGUCCUGAACAACCACAAUCCAGGAGGUCAAUGACACCCGACUGACUUUCCAUUGGUCCAACUUAACAUCUCUUUAGUUUAGACUGAGGAUGGCAUGUUUGAGGGACUGUUUCACACCUCAUCUUUACACCACUCACCCAUCAUAGGUCACCAAAUUAGAGCUGAACAUAGGUUUGGAUUGGACAGCUCAAGGCACCAUUAGGUCGCUCCGGACCAGGCCUGUGGUUGCCUCAUUUCAGCUGAGUGCGUGAGUGAGUGAGGUAUGGGAUGUACUCUCCAUAGUUCGUCUUCAUGAUUCCAGGGAUGAUAAAAUAUGUAUAAGAUAUCCAUGAUAAAGAUGUAAAUAUUUGGAAUGAUUUUUCCAGUCAAGCCAUACACUUCAGUACCUCUUGUCUCUCUUAUGGAUCAGGUGUAUAACUGUACAGGUCAGUUAUCUGUUCUUUUUGUUGUUGUUGUCUAUAUGUAUAUAACAACUAUUUUAUAUACAGUAUAUAUGAAAGGUAUCUUUCCAUGUUUUUUAUUGAUUUAUUUUUCUAUGAGGGGUGAAUAUGGCUCUUUGUGUUUUUCUUUGGGACGAUGAGCUUAAGAUGUAAAAGUGUUGCACUACACAUGACCUGCUGAGACAGACAGACAGACAGACAGACAGACAGACAGACAGACAGACAGACAGACAGACAGACAGACAGACAGACAGACAGACAGACAGACAGACAGACAGACAGACAGACAGACAGACAGACAGACAGACAGACAGACAGACAGACAGACAGACAGACAGACAGACAGACAGACAGACAGACAGACAAAGAGAGAGAGAGAGAGAGAGAGAGAGAGAGAGAGCACAGAAAUGAGAGAAGGAUAUAACAGGAGAGGUCUCCUGAGAGAGAGAGAGAGAGAGAGAGAGAGCACAGCAAUGAGAGAAGGAUAUAACAGGAGAGAGGAACCAUCCUGUUGAAGUGUAAAUGUGUCUUUAAAUGUGUUACUUUCCACAUGUGUUAUUUAGUUUUAGAACCAUCUUUAUUGAUGUACUUUUCAGUUGUUCCUCGCUACAUAGCAGAUCCACGUGGACUGCAUUCACGGGUUACAAAAGAAUACUAUUAACAAGUGAGAAAUACAGAUAUUUACAUAUAUUUAUUUUUAUUGGUAUUGACAUACAUUCUAAUAUUGCCCUGGCAUCACUUUAACAAUGCCAUUGUGGCAUGCUCUCCACAUCAUUCAAUUCUAAAUGAGUUGGUCUGCGUAUGCAGGUGUAUAGAAGCGCUAUACUUCAAGUACACAUUUGGACCUGUAAAAACCAAAGCUUCUACUCUGUAGGAUCUUCAUGAAGUACUAUGGAAGUAGUACUUACGAAGAACAUCAAGCAGCUGUGUUAUUCAGAGAUCCCUGGGAACUUAAUAAUCAAACUGUUUCUCACUCUGAGAAUACAAGACGUCCCCCUAUGUGCAUAUAUGGCUUUGCUUUGUGACAAUGGGUUUUCUUGCACACGUACCUGUAGCUCUGUGAGGUCCAAAGUCCCUGUGGCCAAAAUUCAUCAGUGACCUGAAACAGGUGGCUGAUAAGGUCAUACCAAGGUCACGGUACUGUAACAUCAAAAAAAGGUUUGAAUAUUGACAAUUUGUUGAAGAUUCAGCAGUUGGGUUUAUUGAUUAAUUAAUAGACAUGCCUCUUAAUUAGGAACACACAUGCACUCAAUGUUAAUGGUGAAGGACAAUCAAAUUCACAAAGCAAUGGAUAUAGUUUAAAAGUCUCACUGAAUCAAAAUAUUGCUUUUAAAUGUUUUAUGUAAUUUUGUGCCAAAUCCAUUUUGUCUCAGCCUCUAUGUUCUUACGGUGUUUUAUUUGCUCAUCAUCAGCCUUUAUUUAUUGUCAAUGUUGCUGUUUGCUCGUCAAGCCAUGAGCUCUCUAUGACAACGUCACGUUGUUUCUCCAUGUGAUGGCACAUUUGGUUUAGUUAAUAACAGUUUGGUCUUUGAAGAGGCUGCGCAGUAAACAGGAAUACAGGAACACUGAAUUAUUCUCAUCCACAAACCUCUCUGAAUAACUUCCUGUUUGGACCGGACCCUCCUGCUCUCUGUAUGCGGUGGCGCGACUGACUGACUACAUCGCAGACGUUUCAUUGCAUCAACCAAUAGUUAUGCGCCACAGUCCGACAUCAGAUUGCUAUGUCGUAUGAUGUGGUUAGCAGAUAUGUUAAACACACGAGUGUUGGGAUAUGGCAGGCGUCUGCAAUUUAGUCAGGCAGGAACGCCACCUAUGACUCUGCAUCCCGGGUUAGAUCCCGGGCUGUAUCACAACCGGCCGUGAUCGGGAGUCCCAUAGGGCGGCGCACAAUUGGCCCAGUGUCGUCCGGGUUAGAGGAGGGUAUGGCCAGUGUAGGCCGUCGUUGUAAAUAAGAAUUGGUUCUUAACUGACUUGCCGAGUUAAAUAAAGGUUAAAAUAAGAAGGGAAAAGCUCCAUCUCAGGGUCCUCAUUGUCUGUGACCCUAACUUCCUGAAAGAUUGACCUCCCAUUUGUUUCAAGCAAAAAAAAAUAACGGUCUAAGGCCGAGAUGUUUAUGUGGCCGGGAUGUUUGUGUGUGUGUGUGUUUGUAUGUGCAUGCGUAUGUAUGUUUGCGUGUGUGUGUGUGUGUUUGUAUGUGCAUGCAUACGGAUGUUUGUGUGUGUGUGUUUGUAUGUGCAUGCGUAUGUAUGUUUGUGUGUGUGUGUGUGUAUGUGUUUGUAUGUGCAUGCGUAUGUAUGUUUGCGUGUGUGUGUGUGUGUGUGUUUGUAUGUACAUGCAUAUGGAUGUUUGUGUGUGUGUGUGUGUUUGUAUGUGCAUGUGUAUGUAUGUUUGCGUGUGUGUGUGUUUGUAUGUGCAUGCGUAUGUAUGUUUGUGUGUGUGUGUGUGUGUUUGUAUGUACAUGCAUAUGGAUGUUUGUGUGUGUGUGUGUGUUUGUAUGUGCAUGCGUAUGUAUGUUUGUGUGUGUGUGUGUGUGUUUGUAUGUGCAUGCGUAUGUAUGUUUGUGUGUGUGUGUGUGUGUUUGUAUGUACAUGCAUAUGGAUGUUUGUGUGUGUGUGUUUGUAUGUGCAUGCGUAUGUAUGUUUGCGUGUGCUUGCGUGCAAGAUGCCUGUAAAAAGAGGCCACUGGAUAUAUGAAAUUAGAAUGUAGUUUUGUAACUCCCGUGUCUUCACGUAUAACGAGAGAGACAGCCUUAGCAUUUUGUUUGGAGGCCAGGUGCUAUACUAAGAUGGCUCAGAGAACUUGCAUUGAAGUUCAGUGAUUGGGCAGAAUAUUGCAAAGGCUCAUGGGCCAAAGAAAAUCAGGAUGCAGGAGCAUCUUUCUUUUCAACUCACUUUUGGUUAUAAGGGAACGGAAAUAUAAGGUGUGAAAGGUAUGCAGUCUCUGAUAGAGUUGUUAUGGUAAAUAUUAAUGUUGACACAUUAUGUUAAUAUGAUGAUUAUUAUUUGAAUAUUGUUCUAUUGAAUUAUCUCCUGCUAUCAAUGUUAUAAAGACAUGUAGAUGUGUAUAGCACGUUUGGGGGUAAAUGUUUUACAAAUAAAUACUUUAAUAAUAUAAAUCUGUAAAAAAUGUUUUAGUAUGAAGAUUUUUUUAUCUGGGUUAUGAAUAAAUAUCACAACUUAAAACAA